AUGAUCGAGCAGCAAGCAAGGAGCUCCUACGCAAGGCCUGCUAUCAUAGAUCAAAGCUUCGAAUUUUCGAAUGAUAAGGUAAAUCCGCCACCAUCACCGCCUAAGGAGCAGCUCCCAGUGGCACCUCCUCCUCCGCCUCCACCAGGACCAAUAGAUCCACCUCCACCAAGUGCACUGCCUCCAGUUUUACCUCCACCUCCUGACAGCGGUAGUACUGUUCCUGGAAGUGGAAUCGAUGGCCCAAUAGAGCCCUUCCCAACAACGACACAGGGGCCUAUCGGCACUAGCGUCGGACAAAUACCGCCAAGCACAUCUGUGGACAGUGGAAACAAUGAUGGGAAUCCUGUUCUAUUUGGAGUCGAUAUUAGCCAGGGUAAUGUCCCAGUCCCAGGCGGAACGUUUUCUACUGCAUCCCCACCUUUCAUAGGCGUGGAUCCCAAUGUACCGACACCACCUCCACCACCACCUCCACCUCCUCCUUUCGAGACGACACCGUUCAGUCAAUCAAGCACUCCGAACCCCUUUGAUGGUAGUCCUGACCUUCCACCUGAAGACAAGACAACUGUCGAUAUUAUUACGAGUAUAAUGGCCACAGCUAGUCCCUCAGUUUCGAUGACGUUUCCUCCUCCAUUCGAAACCUCGACUCCAUUUUUCGUUGAUGCUGAGCAAUCCUCAACAAUUCCUUCUUCCCUUGGAUCCACUGGAUUCACGCAGGGAUCUACUACUGCAACCGACAGUCAGGGAAGGACCAUUAUUCCAGUUGAUUUUGUACCUACAGAGGUUCCAGCUGCAACUGCUGAACCGGACGAGGACCCUGAUGAUUUUCGCAGUUUUCUCGCUCCAAAUGGUACGGUAAUUCUACGAUCACCGCCGCUUCCAAAGGAUGUCGCCGAAAAGCUAAAACUGCUUGGAUUCAGCGAGCUGAAGAAGGCUUGA